CGUAUCUCUCGAUCAAUAUCAUCACAUUCUCUCAAGGCAGGUGUACAUUUUGAAGCAACUACAGGUUUAAGUACACCGUGCCCAUAAUGUAGAGCGUAGCUCUCACGACGUCACGCAUCAUACGGUCCAUGUAAAAGCUCAACAAGUAGCCGGAUCAGGCGAACAGAUCUGCCAACUGCGGCGCGUUCACACGGGGUUCAUUCCACCACAAUAACGUCACAGCGAUUUCUGGGCGGCGUGACACGUUGCGCCCGCGGUUAUGUGGAAGAAAGAGAGAGUGCAUGAGAGCUCCGCUCUAUUCUGUGAUAGUGCACAGGUGCGCGCAGGCAUCAGCUGUUCACUGCUCGUGCCCGCUCCAAAUGUUCGAACCGCGUGCAUUGCGGGCCGCCACCAGUCUAUGUCGAUAGCCGCCCGCGGGCAGACGUGCCAGUGUACUGUAUGACCACGUCUCGCCGCGUCCCGCUACAGACUCGUUUCCCGCUGCCCCGAUACCCAUGUCCAUGUGUUAGUGUGCAUGUUUGUGUUUCGUGUUGUCACGGACAGCUCUUUGUCUAAUUAACAGAAUGACACCUCAAGAGGAGCGAGAGAAUUCUCGCGGUGCGGAGAUCGCUGACGCGUUCGAGGACGACAUGUUCGGCCCGUCGCGCACCGAGCCCGCAGCCAGGCCGAAGCUAUCCAUGAUCUCCGCCCGUCUGCGCGCCAACGAGGAGCGCAAGCGAGUCAUCGAGAUCUGCUCCCAAAAAUUGGAAAACAUCGAGGACCCCGCCAGAGACUUGCGUAGAUCCGUCUGUAUAAACAACACCUACUGCCGCUUGAGUGAGGAAGCGCGGAGAGAGAAGGAAGCUAGAAGACGGAGAGCGAGAGAGGAGUGCGACGAUUCGUGGAUAGGGAAGAAGGCACGCCGCGCGGUCGAGGACGAGUGCCUCGCGCUUUUGGACGCCAUUCCGGAGUUGGGGGACGCGAACCUCGGCUGCGCGCAGCUCGCGCGGCAGAUGCAGGACGGCCCCCGACAGGACGCGCUGCUGCCCGCCGGCCUGCUGACGGUGCUGGACUCAUGACCGCGCCGCCCCGCGCCCGUCACCUCCUCGCCGUGAGCUCUCCGGCGCCCGAGACUCGCGAGCCGAAGCGCUCGAGUCGCUGACCGAGAUUCCGGCCGCGUCGCGGACAGGCCCUCGCCCGCCGCCCCGGAUUGCGGUCGCUCGCAACCUGCGGGACAUCUCGUCGAUAGAAUUCUCGUUACCCCGAAACGGACGGAAACGUUUAGCCAAUUCUUUGUUAUUUAACACGAAGUACUUACUUUGUUAGCGUGUUUUUUAUUUAGUGAAAGUUGCUCAGGUGCCGGGUGUUACUGCGAUUUACUGAUCGCUUCUCGUAUCGAAGGAGCCGCAGUGUUCUAUCGGACUUGUGUCGCCGCAUUGUCGGCAGAAAGUGUGGACGUUCAUCGGAGAUAGUAGAUUUUAAGCCAUAAUUAAUAUUGCAUUAUUGUACUAUAAAUAAUUAAAUGAAUCGUGAUUAAGGUAUAGUGCAAAACUGGGAACGGUAGCCUUUGCAGAGUGAAGAUAACAUCAGAUUAGAGUAUCAGUAGAUUGGUAGAUUUCUUUGUUCGAUUUUUGAAUGUUCGGCGAUUUGCGACCGCGUAUGCGCGCUCUCCGAAAGAUAACGUGUAAUGUGGAACAACAGUAUUUCGCAUCCGAUAAAAUUUGAAAGUAAAAGCCAAAUGCGCUUCGCAGCGCGGCGCGAGCGAGACGGCAGCUAAACACAAUAAUUAUUAAGAAAUAGUCGGUGUACCUACACUGUACACGGGGCAAUCGAACGUUACGUAUUAUCGCCGUAUUAUAUGCUCGUAACAAAAGAAAAAACCUUAUAAGUGAUGACGUGUACGCGUCGUCGCCGCUAGCAGCGAGCAGAUGAACGUAUGCGACCUUACUCGUGCGAGGCAAGGCCAAGCGUUGGCCCAACUAGCCGAACAUUUGUUCAAAAGUGCAUUUCGAUAAGUCUGAUUUUCUCAUCGGCUGUUACAUCGUUUUGUUUUUCAUUUUGUAUAUUUUGUGUUUAUGUUACCUUAGUAUCACAAUUUAUAUUGUUACCAUUAUGAUUUUUUUUUAUUUUUUAUCGGUCGUAUAUACCUAUUAUCGGACGUAUUUAAAUAUAUUCCACGUAGGAAGGUUAGCCAGGUCUACGUAUCGUUGUUUAGCGAUUACAUUUUUAUGUACGCGUGUUGUGUCAUUGUUAAUUUAUUUUAGAAUGAUUUUAGUUCGGAAUAUACCUAAUCGAAUGCCGAAGUAGGUUGUGCAAUCGAGCGUGAGCACUUUCGUAUGCGUUGUGCAAUGGAUUAAAUGGAGAAGUUAUUUUAUUGAAAUCUUAAUUGUAGCAAAAUAUAUUGGUCGUAGCCCGUUUCGCCCCUCUGAAUAGUAAAUAGGUACCUGGAGGAUGGAGGGGGAAGUGCGGCGGGGGGUACAGCCGAGGGGGAGGGGGUAGAGAGGAGUAGGGCGCUCCGUUCCCAGCACCUCCUGUGAUAUUAGCCUAGCCUGUAUGUCGUAUUGUAUGUGCUACUUUCCCAUUCGACUUUUUUUGGACCUUACGCUAUGUAUUAACGCUUAAUAUAUAUAUAAUUGAUUCCUUUUAUGUAUCGACGAUUUUAUACGGAUUAACCGGUUUUUCGAGUCGUACACCCGAUGGUAGAGCGUUUAGAUGUUUUUGUCAUACUGUAAAGAAAAUGUAGAUUUCUUUUUUUGUAUGGAGUUUGUAUGUUGAUAAGAAUUGUGUAUUAUAAAAUUAAGUGCUUGUACCACUUUGCAGCCGGAUCACUUCCGGCCUUUGAUGCAACUAAUAAUAAACAGAACGGGACCUAUUAUGCAAAAAUAGGUAUUCAGAAAGAUGAUUUCCAUAACUUAUUGUACUGUCCCUUUCGUGUAAUGGUAACGCUCGUACGUUAGAAAGGGACAGAUGGAGAACGACCGUUGCCACGUCCUUUCUGAAUACGGCGUCCUAAAUCGUGUUAACUAGUUGUUAAAACCAGAGACUACCAAAUGUAUUUAAAAAAAUAUGAUGCGCACACUGUAUUGUAUAAAUAUAUAAAUAUGUAAUUUUUUUGUUAUUUUGCAAUUUAGAAAAAAAUAUUGUAUAAAAAAUGGGAACUCUAAUGAAAUUUGUUGUUUUCUAUAAUAUCGCCUCUUUUACUUCGCUAUUAUAAUAAAUAAAUAGAAGAACAUUCCAAAUUGUAAGGAUUUUUAACAUUGCACAUUUAUUGCCGUCGAAUUGUAAUUUAUUUGCUAAGCUAUAAGGUUGAAAAUGGAUUGACACGGCACUCAUGAUAGAAGCAAUCCUUAACGGCAAAAUUACUAAUGCACUACCUGUGCUCUAAAAACGUUAUUUCCUUUUUAAAGGGCGAAUAUUAGUUACUUAAUGCGCUUUUUAAUGUGUUAGCAAUUUUUACAUCAUCGAUUCAAGUAGGCCUAGAUGUUAAGUAAUUAACUUAUUACAAAAAAUUGUCUGGUUUUUUUUUUUAAUUUUUAUGUUACAUAGAGAAAGUGUAAUGUUUGUUCAUCUUCAAUAAUGACCAAUUUAAUAUGGGACCACCCCUCAAUAAACAAAAGAAUCAUUAAAAAUGUUUCAAAGAAAAACGAACUAGCUAUAUUAAUAUAUGUAUAUGUGAUCGUCACUGAAAAAUAUGCAUUUAUUAUAAACUUACAAAUACAAAAAAGUUUUAGAAAAAUAUCGAAUACAAAUUGAACUUCGUUACAAUGUAAUCUCAUUUGUAAAAUCAAAUCUUUUUCUUUAAUAAAAAAAAAUAUUUUUUACUCGCUAUUGACCAAUUUCGACAGAAAGGAUGAUUGAAAUAUUAGUCGCAUAAAUACAACCUUUAAAAGAUAUAAAAAUAAUUUGUAAAAAAACUAAGUAAGUAAUGAAUUAAUGAUAUUAUUUUUGUAAACCAAUUCAAGGCCCGUCUCUUUGUAAUGUCGAUGAUUUUAAUGUUAAUAUUUUAAAUACCACAUAAUAUGGUUUAAAUACUCUUUUAUUAUUGUCACAAUAUUGUUUACCCAUUCAUUUCCUAUUUUAUUUUUUAGUAUUUAUUAUGUUAAACGUCCUUAAAUUGGAAUAAGUUUUUUUUUUUGUAAAAAGUUAUUAUUUUUUAUGAAAAAUAUAAUUGUACAAUAAAGAAGUCAUACUCAUUA